GAGGUGAAGAUCUUUGUCCUGCGGCACUGCAGUUACACUCACUAUCGGAAUAGCGUUCAUUAGAGGCUGAAUGAUGGAGGUUCCACGCGUGGGGAACAGUGUUAUUAGCCCCACGAGCCCGUGUGAGGACAUGAUGAAGAAUCUUAGUUUGGAUGCAAUCCAGCUUUGUAAGGGAGAAGGAAAUAAGUCCCUCGACAGUGGCAUCGCAGAGAUGGAGGACCUUCCUGUUCCCCAGAACAUCAAAAUCAGCAACAUCACAUGCGACUCCUUUAAGAUCUGCUGGGACAUGGACUCCAGAGCAAAGGAGCGGAUCACACACUACUUCAUCGACCUCAACAAGAAAGAAAACAAGAAUGCCAACAAGUUCAAACACAAGGACGUUCCGACUAAGCUGGUAGCAAAAGCAGUUCCUCUACCUAUGACAGUUCGAGGACACUGGUUCCUGAGUCCACGCACUGAGUACACUGUGGCUGUUCAGACCGCGUCCAAACAGGGUGAUGGAGACUACGCUGUGUCAGAAUGGAGUGAGAUCAUUGAAUUCUGUACAGCCGAUUAUUCCACUGUUCAUCUCACACAAUUGUUGGAGAAAGCUGAGGUCAUCUCUGGUAGAAUGCUGCGGUUUUCUGUCUUUUACCGAAACCAGCAAAAAGAGUACUUUGACCAUGCAAGGGAGUCGCAAAACAACAAGAUGUUGCCAUCAGUAAAGGACAACAGCGGCAGCCAUGGCUCGCCCAUCAGUGGGAAGCUAGAGGGCAUCUUCUUCAGCUGUAAUACUGAAUUCAACACGGGCAAACCCCCACAGGACUCACCGUAUGGCCGCUACCGCUUCCAGCUAGUAGCCGAAAUGCUCUUCAACCCCGAGACAAACCUGUAUUUCGCCGACUUUUACUGCAUGUAUACGGCCUAUCACUACGUCAUUCUGGUGAUCGCUCCGAAGGGCUCGGCAGGAGAUGAAUUCUGCAAGCAGCGUCUUCCGGCACUGGAUAUCGGCAACAACCGCUUUCUGACCUGCACAGAGGGUGAAGACAGACAGCUGGUGUUCCACCAUGCCCAGGACGUUAUCCUGGAGGUGAUCUACACCGAUCCUGUGGAUCUGAGCCUGGGAACGGUAGCUGAGAUCAGCGGUCAUCAGCUCAUGAGCUUGUCAACAGUCAAUGCCAAGAAAGACCCAAGCUGCAAGACCUGCAACAUCAGUGUGGGACGUUAACUCUUCAACUGGAUCCUUCUGCUGCCUUGAACAGCUGCCUUCUCCUGUCGCCGUCCCAUAAUCCUCCUGUUGAACUUACCCAUAAUUUCCUUCUGAUGUCUUAAAGGCUUUGUUCAGACAGGCAGAAAAAUCCGAUUUUUGUCAUAUGCGACUCAAAUCUGUCCAGUUAUUUGCAGUGUGAACAUCAGAUGUUUUUGUAACCGAUCCAAAUCCACAGGAAUUCGGGAAGCAAUAGUUAUGGGUUCCCUCACAAUACCUUUAUCCAUCCUUUACAAAAAUUAACCAUGGUUUUACUACAGUAAAUAUAGUCCAACUAUGCUAUUUGUAGUAAAAACAUAACCACAAAGUUUACAAUGGUUUUCCUACAGUAACCAUUAUAUUUGUAUAAUGGUUAAAAUUAUGUAUAUAUAUAAUUUAUUGGUCAUGGUUACUGCAGUUUUUAGGAACAUGCACCACAGAUUAACUAUGGUGUUACUAGACUAAAAUUCUAGUUACCAUGUUUUUUCUUUUUCUGCAAUUACCAUAGUUAUGGUUAUACUACAAAUACCGAAUACUGUAGUUAAACUGUGAGAAAAUCCAAAAUAGUUGUAAGGGAACAUAAAACUCUUGCGAGGGAUCGCAAAAUUUAUUGUGAGAGUACACAAAACUAUUUUGAGGAAAUGCAAAACUUUAAGAGAAUAAAUUCCCACCCUAUCAUCUAAGAGGCUCUGUACUUUUCGCACUGAAAGCUUUGCUCAGUUGUUGAAUGAUACCAAGUCUCAUGGUAUCAUGCUGACAGUUACAUUAUUAUUAUAGCAACUGAUGUGGAUACACUGGAUACUGACAACUCUGUUUGAACAAACAAAACAGAUUUCCUCACUUACAGAAUGAGAGUGUGAAGAGUCAGGGCACUAUUUUAAGAGUGCUAGCGCUAGGUGCAGUGCUAGUGCUUUAAACCUGAAGUAUGUAAUUUCUGUGACACUAGUGCCACCGAACGGAAUUGCAAAAAUAAACAAUGGUUUCAAUACAGCUUUCCGAAAAUGCCCUCUUCUGCUGUUGUUUGAACCAUCCCCAACUCACACCAAGCGGGUCUAAGCGGGUCGCUUUAAACAAACACUGGAAUUUUAUAGUGCCACAGAGACAAAGUGUUUACAGUUUUCGAGAAAAUUAACCUCUGAAUGACUUUCUCAUAGAUGUCUCUGCAUAUUAAGCUGGGAUAGAAGGAAGUAUUUUAACACUGAAAAAGUUACAUACUUCAGCUUAAAGCCAUACGAGCAAAGUCAAUGGGCAUUGCAAUGAAGUUUUGAUAUUUUCGUGCCAGCAUGCGUUAAGUCUAGGCGCAAGUGGGUUUGGUGAAAUUGCACAUGCAAAAUGCAAAUAGGCUGGGCCAAGUGCAAUUUCAUUCUGAAGUUCUUCUCCGGUUAUUCCACUGUCUGCAUCCUAUUAUAUAUAUAUUUCAUUUCUGUGAAGCACCAGGGAUAUAAACAAUGCCAGCACAUUCAUAAGAAGUUGGUAGUGUAAAUGGGCUGUAUGCAAUGAAUUAGAAUAAUAGAAAUAUGGACGUACGUUCUUUUGUGCAUUAACAAGAAUCCUCUGACAUGCUUGUUGAAUGUCAGCCAUAUUUCUAUGAAAGUGACACUCCUUUUAUACGCAUGGAAAAUGUGGUUCCGAUCAGGAUUUGUAGGCUCCGUUAAUUUAUAGAGAAUGAAAGUAUUAUUAAUCAUAUUGAUCAAGUGACAAAUCGUGGCUAAUAUUAACACUGAUUGUAUCGGCCUUCCAGGUCAGGCUGUGGAUCGAGGGAUUUUUUUUUUCCACGCACUUCACUUCUAGCAGUAAGUUUGCUUUAAUAUUUUAAUUCAUUUAUUGAAACAUGUAAAACUUAAACCAGAAUAUUUCUGAAUUGAAAUUACACUUGGUCAAAAAACUGUAUAAAACGAGCUCCCCAAAUCCAAACAUUUUACCCUCUUCAACUUCUUCCACCGGCCCCUUUUGCAGUUAAAAAUUACAAUAAAUACAAAUAAUAAUAAUAAAAAAAUACAAUACUUAAAAAUCACUCUACAACAACAGGUGGAAAAUUACUAAUACAAAUUAGAUCAUAAAUACAAUUGUAAAAAAUCUACAUAGUGAUAAUAAUAAUAAUAAUAAUAAUAAUAAUAAUAACCAUGACCUCUAGAAUGUUUAACACAAAUCUAACAAGUUUUAUUUCAUAAUUUGAUGAUGCUUCACUAUAUUUUCAGAAUUUGGACAAGAACUUUAUUACCACCUGCUGGUGGAAUCUCCAAACUGCAAAUACAGAAACAGAUUUUAGACUUUGCGCUGAGAUUAGACGCAGUUCUCAAACGUCUUAGCGCAAUUACCUUUCUCAGGAAAAUAGCAAAUUGAGCUUUGCACCACUUCAUUAAAGGUGCACACAGUAAUUUAUUUCCUCAUUUAAAACUCCUAAAUUUUACUCCUAAAGAAAUGAAUUGUAAUUUUCAAACAUAUGUAUAAAAUUAUGACCACUCACAUGAGAUGAGGACUCAUACUCAUAUCAGUCAUAUCAGAAACCUUAUAAAAACUGUUUUAUUCUACAUGGGGCAGGGGCGCCCUCAUGGGGGCUGCCAUUUUAGAAUCACAUGCCCAGAUAAAUACUACUCGCUUGAUCUCAGUAACCAUCUUGUUAUUGGACACUUUCACUCUUGGAUUAAAUUAAUCAUGGCUGAUUGUGACAAGUGAAUUUCUACAAUGGCAUCUGUAACUGAAAACUAUUUAUUUUGAAUGAUGCUGCAUACACACCAAUAGCUGUCACUGUAAGUACAAGAUGACACAAGCAAAAAGUUACUGAGUGCACCUUUAACAUACAAUACACCCACAGUUUGCACAUAUACAAACACAGAUAGCGCAAACACUCCCACGCAUGGCCACUUGCGCUUAGCGCUGUCACGAAAAUGAGAUAAAACGUAGGCUAUAGCACACGGUCGUUGUGCGUAGCACUGGCUUAGUGCAGCUACAAAAAUAGAGCCUUAGAGUCUUAAAGAUCGUAUUUGAAUUUAUGGAUUUUUUUGGAUUUAUGUGCAGUGUGAACAAAGCCAAAGGCUCCUCCGCACCAUGUAUCUUACUGCUUUUGACAAAAUGCCCUUUUCUUUUAAUAGCUUGUCAAACCUGACCAGGGUUGGGUUAGAUACUGUAUGUCAUGCUCCUAUUUUUCUAUCUGUGUUGGGAUGUUGACUCAAUCGCCCCUGUCAAUCAAACUGCUACUUUAACCCUAUUGGCUGUCACCUUUAAUGAUGUCCCCUCCCAUUAGAAUGCAGCACUGUAACAUUUACCAAAGUUUAACACAAAUUCUCAUAGCAGUCAGGCAAGACAACCAUUUUGAUGAGGCAUUAUGAAUGUGAUAAUGUAAGAAUUACGAUAUUGUGUGAGUUCAUGGAUAUCUAAAAAAAAAACUAAGCAUGAUUGCAAUUAAAAAAAACACACACACACACAUUGACAUAAGCACUUCCAUGACUGUUCUUCAGCAGUGUUUCAAGUUAUUUAUUCCAACCCCUCAAGUAUACUGUGAUUUAACAUAUAAUAUAUGUGAUGAGACGUGUAGAUAGACAAAAUAUUUAUUUUUUAACUGGUGAAUAGAAAAUGGACAGAACCAGAAGUGCACAAUACAGAAGACUUUGGCGAUGGGAAAGAAUAGGUUCACGGUAAAGUAAAUAUAUAGAGAUUAUAUAUUUACUUUAUAAACCAAAGUAGAAUUUACGUGCACUAUAGCUAACAUUCAAAAGAUACAUUUGUCAUUGUGGAUGUGUAUAGCAAAUAAAGUCUGGGACAAAGAUAACAUGACACAGAAUAACCACACCUGAUUGUAGCACAGUUCAACAGUUUACGCUGGUUGGCAUGCAAAGACACAACACAAAGAUUGUUAUAGUUCAUUGCAGUAGAGCCGUCGGAGAAAGAAAGAUGUUGAUUGUUUCAUUUUGAGUAGCUACUUGAGCAGAAUUGCACUUCAAGCACUCAUCUGCUUCUUAUGAACAUAUCUUCUGCUUUGGGCUUCAGUAUUGUUUUUAGCUUAAAAUGUGAUUUGACAGUGUUCAAUAGUCAUUUUAACCACUGACUUAAAAUAUCAUGACUUAUUUUUCAUGUAUAGGAGGAAAACUGUGCUCUGUGAUGGCCAUGUUCCUUACUUUAACACAAUUUUAAACUGAGUAGAUUUACUAGUGAUAUCUUUUAAAAUACAGUCCUUGGCUUUCUUUCUACCUUUACUAUCCAGAAAAUUUUCGGGGAGAACAUUUCGUACUUCUCAUUUCAUGCUCCAGUUAUAAAAUAUCAAUUUUCUUUUUCAUACUAGAGACAAAUAUAUGAGAAAUAAACACAAUUACUUGUGUUAGUUCAUACAAUGCAUAAAAUUAUGAUUGGUCUCUGCAUGUCUAUGCGAGGGAAAUCACUGAAAUUUGCAUAAAAUUAUUAUUUUAAGUGCUCUGGGUUGUUUUGCCAUAGCUCCUAGCCCCAGAGAAUCAUGGAUCCUCAUUAGUGUGCAUACUGUCACCAUGUUCCUAAUUAGAAUCAUAAACUACCUUCAAAUAAGAGCAGGAAAAUUUGAAAAUUGCAUAUGAUUUAGACUUUGGUUAAAAAAAUCUCCUCCAAAAAUAAAGUGCCAUAUUCCUUAAUCAUAGAUGAAUACUCUAUAUUUCCUUUUCACCCACUGAAAUAUGAAAUUUGUAUAGAUCCAUCUCACUCUGUACACAGCACAGAGAUUGCACACUGCGUUUAUGUUACAGUAGCCACCAAAAAAGGCCUUGCCCAGCCUUGAGUCUAGUACUUCCAGUGUGGUCAAUUCAACACAGAAAUAAUAAUAAAGUGCAUUUUAGCAUCUUUAUGGCACAAAUAUGUCAAAUGUAAAAAGUCUAUUUGGUCCAAACAUUGGGUGAAUACUGAAAGGCAGAACAAAUCUCAUUGACUCAAAUAGUCUUUGUGGUUUCCUGUUUGCUGAGCAACACUUCCAGUAAGCGUAAUUUGGCUUUGAGACUUUUGUACUCCUGGUACUCCUCAGCCAUAGGGAUUCGAUCAUCUUUUUGUGCCGUUCUUCAUUAUUUUUGUAGAGGGGGAAAAGAAAACAACAGAUGCAACAUAAAACAAAUGACUUUGUGAAAGUACCUUACCAUUAAAACACAUUUAUCCCUUGAGUUGCCUUACUGAAACAGUUUUGUACAUCAGUGGAUAGCAGAAAAAAGGAAAUGUAUUUUAUUUUCAAAAAAUGCAUACAUUGUGUACAGAAACAUUGUGUGUCAUUGAUUAGAUGUGCAUUAUGGUAACUAUGCUGAACUGUUUUGGAUCUUGAUUUUCCUGUUUCCUUCUUAUCCAUGUUAAAAAAGACAAAUGUAACAUAAACUAUCAUUAAAAUGUGUUAACGCAGUAAUA